CAAAACCAUCGUCUUAAUUCUUAAGGUAGCCCAAACUCAAAAUAAAAUCUAAAACAUCAAAUACAAAUACAAACGCAUUCCAUGUUUCCAUCGCAGUUGUAGUCUAACACUACUAUCCCGCCCAAAUUUCAUCAUUCAAAUAUCCUCUCUCUCUCAUACAAUCUUCAGAGAACGCAGAUAGAAGAAAUUAAUCGGAGAAAUCUGAAAUGGCGACGAAGAUAGGAAUGAUGGAUUCUGCGUAUUUCGUUGGAAGAUCGGAGAUUCUGGCUUGGAUUAACUCAACGCUCCAACUCAAUCUCUCUAAAGUCGAAGAGGCGUGCAGUGGAGCAGUUCAUUGUCAGCUGAUGGAUGCGGCACAUUCAGGGAUUGUGCCGAUGCAUAAGGUGAAUUUUGAGGCGAAGAAUGAGUAUGAUAUGAUUCAGAACUACAAAGUUCUUCAAGACGUUUUCAAUAAGCUCAAAAUCUCCAAGAAUAUAGAAGUGAAUAAGCUCAUUAAGGGAAGAGCAUUGGAUAAUCUAGAGUUCCUUCAGUGGAUGAAGCGCUACUGCGAUUCCGUCCACAGCAGCAACAUUUACAAUCCUCUAGAAAGAAGAGAAGCUUGUAAGGGAGGAAAGGAAACUGGCAAGAGAACUGCUGCUUCACAUGCUUCGACCAAAUCCUCAACAGCAGCAACCAAGUCUCACCCAACUCAGAGCUCUCGGAAGGCUGAUGUCUCUUCUGUGAAUUCUGCAAAUCAAGCUGCUAAAGCUCAACCUGUUUCCAAUCAAGGGGUUGUAUAUGAUGAACAGAUCACUGAGUUGAAGCUGUCCGUUGAUAGUCUUGAGAAGGAGAGGGAUUUCUACUUCGCAAAGCUGAGAGACAUUGAGAUAUUAUGCCAAUAUCCUGCGAUUGAACAUCAACCUGUUGUUGAAGCUAUACAGAAGAUUUUGUAUGCUGUUGAUGAUAAUGCAUCAGUGCUAGAAGAAGCUCAAGCUUUGCUAGCUCAAAAGCACGUUAAGUCAUCGAGUCCAACUGCUGAGGAGUCAGAGGACGGUUUGAAGGUUGACACACUUAAGAGAAAGACCAUUGACAACUUGGAUGUGGAGGUUGCUGCCAGUACAACUUUGUCUCCAAGGCAAAGACUCUCAGAUGUUUCAGAUGUGCAUCAAAGUGGAUCACCGUUGUUGACCUGCUAGAUCAUUGCUCCACUGCUGGUUCGAGCCCUAUCAUUAUUUGUCAAAUUUGAUAUACGAAUGGAUUUUCCGGUACAUAAUACAAGUGGACAUACAGAUAUAUCUGAGAGUUCAUAUUUUUUUGCUUUGCUGGAGCUUUCUGAACUGCUCCUCGCUUUCUUAGUAUUCUUCCUAAGACCAUCAGAAAUGCGUCGAUUUGUCGCUUAUGUGUAAGAUAUAGUCCUCAUAUAGUAUCUGUAUCGUUUUUUAUGAAUCAAUUGGACCCUAUGUAGUGAAUCUUAAAAACUUUCAAUCUCAUUAAGAUGUUUCUGACGUCUUAUAAAUUUCUUUAGCUUGCU